CGCGUACGGUAACGACGAUAUAACAGCCAUUACAAAAGGGUAUCCAGGCUCUUUCUCGCAUUUAUACCACAUCGUACUCUUCACUCCGGUUGCUGUUACCUUCCUCGGUUGCUUCGUGCCGGCCUUUCAAACGCGUGAGCACCUUUCAAACGGCACAUUCCUCGGUCAAAUCAGCAUAUAACAUCGCAUAGCCAUGUUCAGAAGUACUGGCGCAAAGAAGAGAAAGGUCGUCCGCAACUUCGACGCGAAGGUCCAGCGCCAUGUCGACUAUCCCCAUCGUCUGAACUUUUACCUCGAACCUCCUCGCAGCGAGAUCACGCUCGAGAACUUUGAGUUAUGGGCCAUUAACCGUCUGAAGGUACUCGGAGAGAUCGAGUCUUCGCUAUAUCGAGGAAAGAAGGAGGCUGAGAUGGAAGCUGCCCUGAAACCGUUGCUGGAAGGGUUACUGCCGCUUAACAGCAACAAUGCACGUACGUUGAAGGGGUCUACUAUCGAUGAAGAGAGAAAGCGGGAUCACUACAGUCAUUUCAUCCUCCGUCUUGCCUUUUGCAGGUCAGAAGAGCUUCGAGCGCGUUUCGUUCGGGCGGAAACAACACUCUUCAAGAUCCGCUUUGCACAAGAAGACGUCGCAUCACGUCUCGCAUUCAUCGAGUCCCUCAACUUUGACUGGGAUCCUGUGUCGGAGGAGGAGAAGCGUGCGUUGAUGGAUAAGCUUAUGGCGGCAUCGGGUGUGAAAACAAGAGAUGAACCAUUCUUCAAGGUUCCAUUCGAACGCGUCACCGAGCUUGUCUCCCACCGCCAGGUGUACCUAUCUCGAGGAUUUGCCUACGUCCCCGUCUCAGCUCAACAAACUCUUGUAUUUACGGAGUUCUCCCAGCGCUUGGAAAAGGCUCUUGAGCUGACCGCUCGAGCCUUGCCUCGUCUGGACGAAGAUGACCGUCUCGUUCCCAUUCUCAACCACCUGUCCCUUGGUUUCACCGCACCAGAAUACACCGCCUCCACAACUGCAGUAGGAGAAAUCACCGCAGCACAAGUCGACUCCCUCGUCGGCCACAUGCCAAUGUGUAUGCGAAACCUUCACACAGCCCUCCGAAAAAACAAACACCUCAAAUACGGCGGUCGUGAACAAUACUCCCUGUUCCUCAAAGGAAUCGGCCUCUCGAUCGAAGAAGCGCUUAUCUUCUGGCGAUCGUCAUUCUCCUUGAUCACCGACGACAAAUUCAACAAAGAAUACCGGUACAACAUUCGUCAUAAAUAUGCCCUCGAAGGAGCACGGAAAGAUUACAAGCCUAUGUCAUGUCAAACGAUCAUCCUGGGGAACCCUCCUGGUGCUGGUGAUGCCCAUGGAUGUCCGUUUAGACAUUUCUCUAUUGAUAACCUUGUCGCUGGGUUAGGCUCGAUGGGUAUCCAUGACCAGAGACAACUGAAUGAUAUCAAGCAGUUGGUUGGCGCGCAGAAGUAUCAUGUCGCGUGUACGAAGGUAUUUGAGUAUACGCAUCCUCAACUGGGGGAUGGUGGGUUGAAGGAGAGUAUCAGUCAUCCGAAUAUGUACUUUGAGCAGGGCUUUGAGAUGGCAAAGAACUCUGCUGUAUCCCAGUAGCAUACUGUUAUCGACUUGAUUCGCGACGGCGGAGAAAGCAUUCGUUUGGGAAUAUCUCAGUUUCACUUAGUCUUACGGAGUUCAAGGUGCAAUAACACACACACUGC